AUGACUUUAGCUUUUAAUAUGCAACGGUUGGCGUUUCGUAAUUUGAAUGUUGGGAAGUACAUGUUCAAGAACGUCCCCUUGUGGAGGCCUAAGGUUAGCAUCAAGCUGGGAAAGCCCUUAACUCGCUCUGUAGGGCUAGCUAGUGCUGGUGUAGCUGCUGGUGGGUUGUUCCUGAUGAAUUGCCAACCUUCCAAGUUGAUAUUGAACGAUUCUUUAGGUGUCGCUGCCAAGCAAUAUGACGCCCGGGGGCCAUUGGAACCAAAGGUCGGCAGCAGUGCGGCUACUACAGAGGAAAGGAGGAACAAGAUAAGUAGUCACAAGCAGAUGUUUUUAGGAUCAUUAUUCGGUGUUGUUUUAGGGGUUACAGUGGCUAAGAUAUCCAUUUUGUUUAUGUAUGUUGGUAUUACAAGUAUGCUACUUUGUGAAUGGUUGCGAUACAAAGGAUGGAUUCGUAUUAAUCUGAAAAACAUCAAGUCUGUUAUUGUUUUGAAAGAUGUAGACCUGAAGAAACUGCUUAUUGAUGGGUUAUUAGGUACCGAAUACAUGGGCUUUAAAGUAUUCUUUACAUUGAGCUUCAUAUUAGCAAGUUUAAAUGCCAAUAAAUGA